AUGUCGAUGUUCUUCGGUCUGCCCUUCCACGCGACCUCUGCCGACCUCGCCGCUUGCUCGAAGACCCAUUGGCUGUGCGCUGCGUCAGGGGGGAAGCACUCAAGAAUAUUAAUGCCUUGGGAGAUGGAGAGGAAGAGGAAGGAGAUGGAGAUGCGGAGGAAGGAGAUGGGUCUUUCGGUGAUGGGGGAAGGAAUGUCCGUGGAGGCCAAGGUGGCUGUGGCGCCAUCAGAGGACGAGGACGAGAACGAGGGCGUAGGCAAGAAGGUGGCCGUGGGAGAGGUGAAAGCCGAUACUGUCAUGGAGAGCAGGCCUUCCGCGGCACCGCCCUUAGCCAGGAGAGAAGGGUUCCCUGUCUAUAUGACGACUCGAUCUGGCCGGUCUAUAAAAAGGAAAAGAAUAGGAGCUGACGAUUCUGUUUCUGAUGGUUUGUCUGAAGGUGAGUACUCGUCGGACGAGGAAGGAAGCCUUGUCCAGCAAACAGAAGUCAAAGUUGAGGGGAGGGGAGGAGAAGUAGAAUUGGACGAUGACAAUGAUGAAGUCAUGACUGAGGACAAAGAUGCGGACAACGACAUUUAG